AUGGCGUCACUCUUCCAGUUGCCAGAAGAGCUUCUUCUGUCUCCUCUGUAUGAACGAUUCCCCUGUCGAGAAUAUCAAAUCCGAUCUCUAGCCACCCUCCUCCAUCCUACAGCAGCGCCUUGUCGGAACCUGGUCGUCUACGGCACCGAGGCCACCGGCAAGUCCGCCGUCGUCGAGGCCCUCCUGCAAACCCUCUCCAAAACCUCCGACAAGGAGCCAGAACCCGAACCGUCUCUCAAGUUCGCCAUCAUCAACUCCAUACAAUGCAUCACAGGCCGGCACCUGUUCGAGAGGACCGUCGCCUCCGUAGUAGAUGCCAUACAAUGGGAGGCGCCACCCAAGAAAUGCGAGACUCUGGCGCAGCUGAUGGUUGAGCUGUGCAAGAUGCUCAAGUAUACUCAACGGCCCGAAAGCUGGCGCCUUGUCCUCGUCUUUGACGCAGUCGACCGCCAGCGAGACGCUCCUCCAACGCUCCUCACUGCUCUAGCAAGACUAUCCGAAUCAGUCACACAUUUCCAACCCAAUCCCUGCUACUGCGAGCUCCUGAACGCUUACUUUCUCCUCUUCACCAAGAUACCCUGCCUGACUUGCGUCUUUAUCGUCACCGCCCCUCCGCCGGGCUUCCUCCGCACCUCCUUCGCGCAGCAUAUCCAAUUUCCAAAUUACACCAAACAGGAAUUCGUCAAGAUUCUCUCCGCCACCCCGCCGCCGCCGACCCCGACGACCACACAGGACGACACAAACUUCCUCUGGACCCGCUUCUGCGGCGCCGUCUGCGAUGCCCUCACGACAUCGGCCUCCCGUACACUGCCCUCGUGCCGCCACAGCUGCGAGGCCCUUUGGCCGCGCUUCACCGCACCUAUACUCGCGCGCACCCACGGCCCGCGCGAAUUUUCCAAGCUCCUCAUCGCCUCGCGCGUUCACUUCCAGGAUGAGAGCCUCCUGAACCCGAGCAUCGUUUUCGUCAAGCCCGGCGCGGCCUCAUCGGCGACCGCCGUUAACGGCCAUGGCCCGGGGCCCGCCGGGACGCCAUCGAAGCACGCGACGGCGCAGCAGGCCAUGAGCACCGCCACCGCCGACCUGACAACGCUGCUGCCCACCACGACGCGACUGUUGCUGCUGGCGGCGUACCUGGCAUCGCACAACGCCGCCAAGCAUGAUCUGGUGCUCUUCUCGACCUACCACCACGGUCGACGCAAGCGUCGCGGCGGGGGUUUCGUGGCGCCGAAACGGGGCCGCCCCAGCAAACACAAAAAGAUCUCGCGCAAGUUGCUCGGCGCGCAUGCUUUCGUCCUCGAGCGCAUGCUCGCCAUCUUCGCGGCCCUACGAUGCGAAUGGGCCGCCGACGACGGGCUCGCCGCCGGGAGCGUGGUCGACGGGGACGUCGGCAUGGCGAUCUCGACCCUUGCGAGCUUGCGGUUGCUAAUGAAGGUCGGCAUGGCAGGUGAUCCGAUGGAUCGGGGCGGCAAGUGGAGGAUCAAUGUGGGAUGGGACGUCAUCAGGGGCGUAGGGAGAAGCCUCGGUAUCGAGGUGGAGGAAUGGCUUGUCGACUAG